UUCUCUCAGUUUGAUUUUCACUCUCUCAUCAACAGUUUUAUUAUUUCUCUUCUAAAUGGUUUUAUUUUUCUUUCUAAUCUAAAUUGUAUUGUGUUUAUUUCUAAAUUUGAAGUUAAUCACGUCAUGUAACAAUCUGAUUAUUUGAUUAACCAUAAAUUCAUAUCUCAGUGAAUCUGUUUUCAAUUUGCUUUUCUGUUUUUGUUGCUUCUUCAGCUGAGUUUCUGUCUGUAUUUUCCUGUCUCUCUCUCUCUCUCUCUCUCUCAUUUACUCUCUUUUAAUCUCCCUCAUUCAUUUUAUUAAUCCAUUAAUAUGAUCGGGUCAAAACAUUUAGUCUCCUUCUUUUAUUUAAUUUGAUUGUUCACUUUUUUUUAUGUUAUAUCAUCAUCACAAUCAAUCCUUACUCUUGCUGAUGCUUUUGUUUUGACAAAAGGUUUAGAGUGACAAUUAAAAAGGAUGUCCGAUUCUCGUCUUGCUGGUGAUUGUCAAGUUAAUUGGACUACUGAUUUAUUAGGAAAUUGUUCAUUUCUCUUGUUUAUUAUUGUUACUAAUUUCACCGAUUGUUAAUGUAGAUCAUUUUUUGACAAUAUCUCUUUCCUUUGUCUUCAUUUGUCUCUCUUCUCAUUUCUUCCCUCUCAUUUCUAUCUAUCUCUUUAUCUUUCUUUUUUUCUCUCUCUCUCCUUGUAUAUUUUUAUAAUUCAUUUGAAAUUUCUUUCUGAAACCUGGUGAUUCCUGUUGAUUUGGUUAACAUAUUUUGUGUCAAUCGAAAAGCCAAAUCAAAAUGUCUACUCGAUGGAGUAAUGAGAAAGUAACUGCUGAACAUAAAGACAUCGAAGCUGAUGUUAUGUGUAUCCAUUCAAUGGGUCGUUAUAUUGCCUUAUCCAAUCCAAGGAAUAUUUAUAUUAUCGAUAUUGACAAUCCAUCCAAAAUCGCCCGAUCAAUUGCCCGAUCUUCCAAAUGGGAUGUGACCGCUUCCGAAUGGAGUCCACACCAAACCAGCCUCCUAGGUCUCAGUUAUUAUCAAUAUGUUGCUGUUUAUUCAUUUGCUGAUGUUAAUUCAGAUAAAGGGAUUGUCAGUGAUACCCGAAGAUUCCAGCGAAACCCUGAACCUGAAAUAUUGUUGAAAGGACAUCGACGAGUUGUGACCGACUUUAAUUGGGCUCCGUUCGAUCCUAACAUUUUAGCAUCAUGUUCCAUGGAUACUUUUGUCUAUGUUUGGGAUCUCAGGGAGCAUAGGAGACCCUGUUUAGGAUUUUCAUCCGUUGUUGGCCCGAGUCAAGUCAAAUGGUCCAAAUCGGAUGAGAACAUCAUAGCAACAGCAUUAGAAGGUGAUAUUAGAAUUUGGGAUAAACGGAAAGUUGCCAAUCCUGUUCACUAUAUUUCGGCUCAUGAUCAACGUAUCCAUGGACUUGAUUGGAAUCCUUAUAAUGGUUCACAAUUUGCAACCUGUAGUCAAGAUUGUACAGUAAAAUUUUGGGAACUUUCAACUGUCGGUCAACAAGAUCCGGUCAUUUUAUCGACAAAAUUGCCUGUUUGGCGAGCUAAGUUUACCCCCUUUAGAAAUGGUCUAAUCACGGUUGUUGUACCUCAACUUAGACGAACGGGUGAUAUUAAUUCACUUUGGUUAUGGAAUACUAAUAAUCUCGAGCAACCAGUUCACUCUUUCUUUGGUCCAACCGAUGUAGUUAUCGACUUUGGUUGGCGUUGGAGGCCAGAUUUGGGUGCUGCCGAUCUAGUCACUUGGUCCAAGGAUAGUACACUUCGUAUCUGGUCUGUUGAUAAGCCGAUUCUUUCGUUAUUUAAUGAAGUUAAUCAAGAUGAUUCCCUUGAAUAUUCACCAGCUGAGGAAGCUGAAAAUAGGAAUAUAUUUAUUUGUAAUACAAUUAACACUGUUCCCCAAGUACAACAAGAGAGAAGCGACUCCAUCCGACUGAUAGACGAUAAUGUAGUGCAAUACACAACGAAUGCCGAUCUGAUUGACCGGGGUAAUACCCCUGAUCGUGGGAAAAUACCUUUAUCGGAUAUAAACAAUUUAGCCAAAUCCAGUGAAUCUAAGGACGUUGUCAUUAAUUAUAAAUCAAAGUCAUUUUCACCUUCAUCAACUAAACCUCAAAAUUAUAAAACAUCAACAGUUGAACCAAUUUCAUCUGGAUUACUCACUCCACCUGAUCUUCAAGAAGAAUUUGCUCUUAUGAAUUUGGACAAUUAUCAAUUUACUAGUUCUAAUUUAAGAAUUGAAGACUUUAACCCAAUCAAGCGAUACUGUAUUGUGAGCGUUGAAACGGCUUUCAAAUCUGGUCUACGAGUUAAACUUAAAGUGACCUUUCCAAACUCUUAUCCCAAUGGGAUAGCACCAACAUUUGAGAUUCUCGAUGAAGGUGAAUUGGAGAAAUCAAAACGAAAUGAGAUACUACGUAUUCUUAUCAACACAGCAUCGAAACAAGUUAAACAAAAUCGACCUUGUUUGGAAUAUUGUUUAAGAGAUUUUGCCGCUUCUUUAGACCGAAAAGCUCAUCUUAAUGUUAGUUCACUUCCAAACAAUCCAACCAACACUUCAGAAUCAGAUUAUUCAACUCUCUAUGGUAGUUUCCACGAUGCUCAGGUUCCUUUUCCUAAAAUUUGCGGAGGUCGUUUUUGUGGAGCUGAUUUAUUAGUUUGUUUCGGGAAAAUGUCCUACUUUCAGCGAAUCAACGAUUCCAAUGAUCAUACACCUCGAGCUUUGUCAGAUCUUUCUGCUUAUUUACAGACUAACUAUCGUCCUCUCGCCCCAAUGCCAGUUAAAUCAUUUGAUUUCGGCUCGUUCAAAGACAAUUAUUCAAUAUCAUCAUUCCCAUACUAUUAUGGUGAUGACUUGAAAUUCCGUCGAUUUCAAUCCCAAGGAAAGGAACGUUCCUACAUAUCGUUAGCGUCGAUGCGCUGUGGUCCAAUAACGAUUUACAAUGCAUCCGAAUUGAUGCCUUGCAGUCGAUCUCUAGCAGAAAAGUAUAUUUUUAAUUAUCAAAGUAGAAUUGAAAUGUGUAAGAAAAACGCAAUUUUGGCUCUUGAAGAAAGUCGUAAAGAUCUUCACCAAACCUGGAAUCUUGCGACACUUUCUUGUGAUCCAAUUCUCGCCUACACUUCUCACGAUCAUCUUAACAUUGACGCUCCUUGGGCAACUCAUCCUUUUGGUCGGAAAAUGAUUCAAUCACUAAUCGAUUAUUAUCUUAAAACUAUGGGCGAUGUUCAAAUGGCCGCAAUGUUAUGUUGCGUUUUCUCAUCUCGAUGUGAAGUUUGCGGAAAAAUGGGCUGCCUACAACGAAACUGCUCUUCUGAUUACGACUCAAGUCCCAGUAGUUACGGACCUGGUGAAUCGCCAUAUCACACAAUUUCAGGACAAUCAACCUCAACUACCACACCGGUCGUAUCAAAAAUAGCUGAUGAAUGGAAUAUAAUUUCAGCGAUAAAAAACUUCAAAAGAAAUCGUUCAAACUCUUGGAGUGAUUUAGGUGAAAGUGAAGCUCCCUCAUCACCUUAUUUUAUACUUAAUUCAAAUCGGAUGAACGAGAUAAAUUUACUUCGAGAUCAACGGGAAAUUGAAAAGACUCACAUGUUUAAUAAAAUGUUGGAUCCACAAUUAAACCUUUACUUUGAUUGUAUCAAACAAAUUUACGGUGAUUUGUUACUUCGUUGGGGUUUACUUGGUAAACGAGCACAAUUAAUGAAAUUUGUUCAAGAAAAUUUUAACUUUCAACAAGAUGACUCUUCUUUACGAUCAGUUAAUUUUGCUUCAAUUUGUCAACAUUGUUCAGUCAAGUGUUCAACAUCAUCUUCAAGUCAAUGUAAUCAAUGUAAAAAGUUAAAUCUUAAUUGUUCCCUAUGUAAUAUAUCUGUUCGUGGUUUAGUCACUUUCUGUCAUCUCUGUGGCCACGGUGGACACACCGAACAUAUAUUCAAUUGGUUCACCAAUAACGAUAACUGUCCCACUGGAUGUGGAUGUAAAUGUGUUUUAGAGUAGAAAACAAAAACUAAUUUCAUACAAUAACUACAAAAAUAUUCCCAAUCUAAUCAUGAGAACUAAAUUUAUAUUAAUCAAUACCAAUGAUCAACUAUCAUAAUUAUGAUAUUUUUUUUAUUCCUUUGUAAAAACUAGCACAUUUUGAUAUUAAAGAGUAUCACUAACUUAAAGUAUAAAUGAAAAA